AUGCCUCUAGCCAAUGGAGAGCACCACUCCUACGUGGCGCAUGGCACAGGUAUAUCAAGAGAAGUCUCAAGUGAAAGUGACAGCGAGUUUGAGGAUACCAAUAUCGAGACGCCUGUAGCGCUACGGGAAACAUCAAGGUCGUUCGGUGAAGGAACCUAUACCAGAACAACGACUACGAUUCCUUUGAAAAAUGACUCAACGAAACAUACAAACAUAUCUACGCCUACGCGGACAAGAAAAAGAAAGGCUCUGGUAUCGUUUUCCGACGAAGAAAGGGAACUCAUACGGACAGAAAAGCUCAUUUCAGACAACAACGAGUUCAGUCCUCAUGGAGAGGCAGGUAGUCCGGCCAGGCGGAUGCGGUUGACGAGCUUGGAGACUCUGGGGCCAUUGCAACCGCCAACUUCGGAACGGCAGAACUUUAAGAGACGUUCUUUAGAUAAAGAUAUUGAAUUCGAUGUCUCUGAUACAGAUCUGCCGGAAAAGGGCAACAAAAGUGUGGGGAACAUCCCAAACAACUCGGUUCGGUACGAUGAGUACAAACAGACGGUUACUAAGACUCCACAGCGGCUGUCGCCGUUGAGAAAGGAGAUCAUCCCAUCGUCCAGCAGCGUGAAGUCUGCAGCGGAGCAAGUGGCAGAAGAAAUCGUGACAAGUGGAGCUAUCCGGUUGAAAACGGCGAAGGAAAUCAUCGCCCAGAUCAACAGCAGUAUCGAUAAGAUGAGGGAAAAGGAGGGAAUUUUGGUCAGUGAUGAUUCUGAUUCGGAUGAAGAGAUUUUGCGUCAAAUAGACUCGUUUCUUCCAUCUAGAAAAGAUGAGACCACAAAACUGGAAGCUCCAAUGAAAAUUGUACCGAAGGAGACAAUACCAAAAGAAAAUACUUCAAGAGUUGUCACGACUCCGCUUGGGUCGCCUUCUAGGGCAGGUGAUUACCGUUCAAUAUCUUCUCUAUUGGCUUUUAAUGAGAGAAAGGAGGCGGAAGAGAAGGAGAAGUUGAACCCAUUGGACAUGCACAGUACAUCCAAAGCUCUGCCUGUUCUCCUUUCUCCCAAGCCGAUCUCCCCGAAAUUGGCAACCAUCACCGGUGACGAAGAACCCGAAACCCAUGAAAUAAAUGGUGAAUUUGAAAACGAAACCGAAACCAAACCUCGAAGCUCCAAAGUAUCUCGAAAAAGAGCUUCAGCAACCAAUAGAAAACUCUCAGGCAGGUACGCAAGAGAUGUUCUCCGCAAACGAAAGCUAAUCGAGAAACCUGGAAAGUACGAAAGUUGGCUGUAUGACAAGUGGGACAAGCUCAAGAGACUCGUGGAGCUGUCUAUUCCUAAUAAAGUGAUCAUCAAUAAUCCCACCGUAUUAAAGGAACUCGGGUGCAAGGACAAGGAAGAGCUUGCACAGCGGAUCGGAUUUCUCUCUCGUAAGAGAUGA